AACAGAGUCAUUGCACUGAGACCCAAUCUCGUCCUUAUUGAGGGCUCGGUGUCCGGGCUGGCGUUGCAGUUUUUGGCUGAUGCGGGGGUUGCUGUUGCGUAUAAUGUUAAGCCGUCAGCGAUUGCGGCUGUUGCGCGAUGCACUCAGACGGAUAUCAUCUCGUCGAUUGAUCGGCUCGUGUUGGAUCCGAAGGUUGGGCGGUGUGCGAAUUUUAGUGUGAAGACAUUCGUGCAUGACGAUAUCCCAGGGAAGCGGAAAUCAUUUCUCUAUUUCGAGGGGUGUCCGAAGGAGCUUGGGUGCACGAUUGUGCUACGGGGAGCGGAUAUGGCGACGUUGAGCAAGUUGAAGAUUAUCACGGAGUUCAUUGCGUUUGUGGUUUACAACCUCAAGCUGGAGACGUGUUUGAUGAGGGAUGAAUUUGCUCUUAUUCCUACUGCACCGCCGUCUCGUGAAACGUCUGCGACGACUGUAACGAUCAGUAUUGAUGAGAAUAUUGGGGAUUUACCGUUGUCGUCCAAGCCUCUGGAUGAUACGUUGGAUACGUACAAGAAAAAGAUCUUGUCGGCCUCUCCGUUUGUCAAAUUUCUUCCGCCGUAUUUGUUGUCGAGGGCACAUGAUGCUUUGAGACGGUUGUCUCAGCCGACGGAAGCCAUUGAGAAACCGCGAGAGUCGUCUGAUCUUCCGAAUGAAACGGAAAAUUCGGAUCCGGAGAAGGUCGAUGAAACUGAGCCACAUACCAGUGUUGUCCUUCGCAACCCUAAUCUCCAGACUCGUAUUGAUGGGAUUCUCAUGAAUGAACUUCAUCGGAAAACCCUUCGCGAAUACGAAACUAAACUUCGUCAAUGGGAAGCCCAUGUCGCCCAGAAUACAGACAUCAUUAACCCAUUAGCCCACCAGAAUAUCGUGGUCUUGUUUUCUCGCGUGAACUCAGCAACAGCAGUCCCUUGCGAAGGUCCUAAGAUCGACGUCAUCGAGUAUUAUCGUGAGACCGAUCGUACGUUGGAACUCGAUUUUGAUGUGGAGCUUUUGCAAGAUAUGUAAGAAGACGACGCCUGUGAUUCCUAUGUCUGACG